AUGUAUGAAAAGAUUGUGAAAAGGAGCAAUGAAAAAGUGCCAUGUGUACGUAGUGUUAGUAAUGAGGCUAAUGUGAAUAUUGCUGGUUCUGUCGAGUCCCAUUGGCAUCUUCCUACGGAAAAUCGGAUCAAAUUAAAUACGGAUGGGGCUUGUCGCCAUGUGAACGGCUAUGCAGCAUGUGGAGGGGUGGCUCGGGAUAGCUUAUGCUCUUGGGAUGCUGGGUUUCGACAUAUGGAAUUAGAGGUGGAUAGUUUGGAAGCCCUCCGUGUUCUAUGUAAUGAUUAUUGUGUAAUCCAUCGCUUACAUUGGCAUUUGGCGGAGCUGCGGGAGCGUGAUUGGGUCGUUAAAGUUCAGCAUGUCCGUCGAGGUGGUAAUAUGGUUGCUGAAGCACUUGCAAAAUGUGCCGCAGAUGAUAGUCUGAUUCCCAUUAUUCAUCACGAGCUUCCAUCGUUCGUAUUGCCUUUGUUGCUUGCUAACGCUAGUUAG